CAAGUACACAACUGAUAUCGUUGUUAACCGUGUACAGCCGCCGUACUAUAGCGUCUCGCAUUCUCUUUCCAGUUUUCUGUCUUAUUUGAAUGUCGAUUUCCUUAUGGCUCGUAGGCUUCUGUGCGAGUAAAAACCAUCGUUUUUCCGUCUGUUAGGUUGCCCUUAAAGCGUGUUUUGUGAAAAUAGCAACGCCGUAUUCAUAUUAUGUAUUUAUGUUUAAAAAUUUAAAAAGUUAAUAUCGAUAAAAUAUUGAGUUCGUGUAAACGUGUAUUGAUCCGUAUUCUACGUGACCGACCACAUUUCCAGCAUGUAAGCCAUUCCAUUCGGUUGCAAUCGAGCUUCUUGGUGUAAAAAACUAUAUUUUACGGUUUACUUUACACGAUCGUUUUUUUUUUUUUUUACUAUUCUACGGUGUUUUGAAUUUCAUCAGAAUUUCUAAUGAUAAAAUUCUUGUAUGAAUAUUAAUUGCGUGUUUAGUUUUUGUUAAUAAAAUUUUGAAAGUAUUAUGGAAUCUAAAAACGCCGAGUCUAUAGACAAAUCAGAUCAAGAUGAUGCGUUUAUUGAAAAUGGUAUUCCUAAAAAAGUUGAUAAGAAUAAUGUAAAAGGUAAAAAACGUAGAAAAUGUUUACGCGACAAAACAGCUCCAAGACCUCCACAUUCUGGAUAUAUACGAUUUUUAAAUGACAGACGCGAACAAUUUCGUUCAGAAAAUCCUAAUUUACCAUUUGCUGAAAUAACUAAAGUAUUAGCUGCUGAAUGGAACCAGUUGCCGGCAGAUAAAAAACAACUAUAUCUCUCAGCAGCUGAACAAGAACGAGUAAAAUAUGUUGAAGAAUUAGCAGCUUAUAAAAAGACAGAUGCAUAUAAAAAUUUUAUUCAACGUAAAAUGAAAAAGAAAAAAGUUAAUACCCAAAUCCUAGAAGAUGAAGAGGAUGAAGAAUUUAAAAAAGAGAAAUCAUCUGGUGAUACCAAAUUAAAAAAGGAACAAGAAUCAAUAAAAAUAAAACCAUCUAAUGAUAACAUUAACACAGUUUAUGACAUACCAAUAUUUUCUGAUGAAUUCUUAAUUUUCAAUAAAGCUAGAGACAGUGAACUAAGAUACCUCCGUAAAACGGUAACGGACCAGGAACAAGAAGUAUCUGUUUUAGAUAAACAUAUUGAAAACAUGGAAAAUGGCAUUGUCAAAUUAACGGCUAAUAUAGAGAAACUCGAAGCUGGAUGUUCAAAAUAUGAAGAGUAUUUAAAUAAAUUACGACCUUUACUUCUAGAUGCUUUUGCUGACAUUUCAUUCCCGGAUAACAUUGAGCCACCUACCAAUGAAAAUCUUGACACAUUUAUGGUUAAUUUAUCCACACUUCUAACUACUGAUACUGGUACUGAUACUAAUCCUUUGUGGAUUGAAAAUGUAAAAAAAGCUAUUUCUAAUUUGGAUUUUUCGCAAUGUUAAAAUAAUUUAUUUUUUUUGUAUUAAACUAUGUCAUAAAUUAUCUGAUUAAGUUUAUUUUUUAUAUUAUUUAAUAUUUUCAUGUGAUAUAGUUUUUAUUUCAAACAACAAAGAAAAUCCAUUGACUGCGGUAUAUAUGUAGUGGAAAAUUGAAUAAAAGAUGUAUUAUUUACAAUAA